AUGGAUGUGGGGGCUUUAAUAGGAGCUCCAGAGGCAUCUACUAAUCAACCAAAUGUCAUCAAAGGGGGCGCCGUCUACAAGUGUCCUGUCGCUCCUCUUAGCGGGCUUAGUGCUUGCGAACAGAUCCCAUUUGAUACAACUGGUAACAUAAACAAUGUAGACAAGUCUAAUCAGUGGUUUGGGGCAACGGUAGCUAGUGGAGGGACUGAUGGCCAAAUCUUGGCAUGUGCUCCACGACUUGUGUGGGUUGAGACAGCUUUUGAAACCAUGAGGCAAGAGCGUGAGCCAACGGGAACAUGUUUCGUCGGAGAGUCUGAUUUCACAAACUUUGUGAAUUUCUCGCCGUGCCAGAGCACUAACAGAGAAGAUUAUGGAUUUGAUAAAAUUACCCAUUGCCAGGCUGGCUUCAGUGGAAAAAUUCUCAGCGAUAACAGUGCAUUAGUAAUGGGAGCACCUGGAAGCUACUAUUUACAAGGACAAAUUUAUGUUCAGAGUCUAUUGAACCAGAGUGUCAUACAGGCAACGCAAGAGAGUAAUACCGGAACUUAUUCUUUUGAUAACAGUUACAGAGGUUAUUCCCUUGCGCUAGGUGACUUUAACGGAGAUGGAGUACAAGAUUACGUUGUUGGCACCCCAAGAGCAGAAUCUCUAAUGGGACUGGUAGCCAUCUUUGACCAGAACUUGAAUCAGUUCAACCAAGUAGUGGGGACGCAGAUCGUGGCCUACUUUGGAUACAGUGUAACUGUAGUUGAUGUUAAUAACGAUACCUAUGACGACCUGCUGGUUGGAGCACCAAUGUACAUGGAUGAUGCGCCUGCCAUACAGAGAUGGGAAGCAGGCUGUGUGUACGUUUACCUACAGAAUCCUGACGUCGGACCUAGGGCUAGUAAUAGACUGAGUCUUAGCAGUACUCUGAUUGGAGGGCAGAUAAGGUCACGCUUUGGCCUCUCGAUUGCUUCAAUUGGUGACUCAAACCAAGAUGGAUUUAAUGAUGUUGCGAUCGGUGCCCCGUAUGAAGGUGAUGAUGCUGGAGCUGUGUAUAUCUAUCAUGGAAGUGCAAAUGGACUUAAGUCAACACCAGCACAGGUACUGACCCCAUCCAAACUUGGCCAUACUGGAAUCACAACAUUUGGUUUCUCACUUCAGGGCGGACAAGAUAUGGACAAGAACAAAUAUCCUGAUCUUCUGGUUGGAGCAGAGAGUGCCAAUACUGCUGUACUUAUCAGGACUCGACCAGUGGUUUCACUGGAUGCCACGCUGAACACUGAGCCAAUUGGAAUCAACCUUGAAAACAAAACAUAUGAGCUUGCAGAUGGUACCAUGGUUACCAGUUUUAUUGCCAUGACCUGUUUCACCUACACCGGAAAUUUCCUUCCUGACCAUAUUGACAUCAGUUAUACAGUGACAGUGGAUUCUGGAAUCAUUGCUAACAGGAGAGCGAUGUUCGUCGACAAUGACAUGAGCGAGAUCACCAAGACCCGGCGCCUGGCUGUCAGUACUCAGUUUUGCGACCCUCUACGUGCAUAUGUUGGGAACAGCAUUGAAGACAAGCUUACUCCUAUCAAAGUCACCCUGCAGUAUGACCUAAACAACGAUGAGUCCCAGCUCCAAUCACACGAGAUUCUACCCAUCAUCGAUAUGGCUACUAUGUCUACACUAACCAAGCAGGUAUCCAUUCAGAACAACUGUGUUAAUAACAUCUGUAUCCCUGACUUAGACGUCACCGUCACACCAAAUCUGCCGAACAUUGUGAUUGGUCAGACGCAAGAGUUGACGUUGGGUGUGUCUCUGAACAAUCGAGGAGAAGAUGCCUUCCAGUCCUCACUGUCUGUCUACUACCCAUUAGGUCUUCAGUUUGUACGGCUAGAAAGAAAAGCUAAUAUGGACUUUUCAGUCACAUGCAGCGAGGAUUCAGAUCUUCGCAUUAUUACGUGCGAUACUGGAAACCCAAUGGUGGGCAAAAACAUUCUUGAAUUUGGCCUUACUCUAUCGACCUUCCAAGUCAGCGGGGAUAAAGAUAGCAUAGAAUUUUAUUUCAAGGCUGAAAGUGAGAACAGUGAGGAUCCAAACACACUAGAAAACAAUGAGCUGAAUAUGACAGUACCAGUUACUGUGGAUUGCACACUCAAGUUGCUCAGUGCAUCUUACCCAGAAAUUGUGAUGUAUAGUACACAAGAAGACUACGUUGUUCCUCCCUUCCCUGCUAAAAAUGCAUCAGAGGCAGACAUUGGUAUGGAGGUGAUGCAUCUUUAUGAGGUCCGUAAUACUGGGUCGAGCAAUGCUGGUGAGGUUUCACUGAACAUCCAAUGGCCGCAGAAAAAUGAGGAUGGAGAAUACCUCUUCUAUCUCUUAGGGAUCAUGACAGAAGAAGGAGUGACAUGCCAGCUCACUCAGGGAAAGGCCAAUCCAGAGGGAGUCAAGCUUGAACCAAGCACAAAAGCAAAGCUUUCCAACUCAACAACACAAGUCAGCGGUCGCAAGAGGCGUGAGCCCGAGGUCGCCGAAGCUCUAGCCCAGACAGACAAUGUAAUCUACUGUGCCCAGGAUUCAUGUGUUCUCAUCAACUGCACGAUAGAUGAGAUCAAUGCCUCUAAAAGCAAGGUGGUCCGCAUCCUAGGACGCUUCUGGGAGAGGACAUUCCAACAGGCCGUUAGUGAGUUGACGCCUGUGGUGCAAGCAACCAUAGCAUCUACUGCAUCCGCUGCUGUAAGAACUAUUCCCUACAACAUCCCUCUGCCAAGGGACUUUAGUGACUCAACCAAGGCAUCGACGUUGGUCACGACCGAGGAGUUGGUACCACCGGUGACCCCCAUCGCUUGGUGGAUCAUUGUAGUCUCAGUUCUAGGCGGUAUCAUCUUACUGCUAAUCAUUAUCUUAGGUUUAUGGAAGUGCGGCUUCUUCGAGAGAAAGAAACCAGGGGAAGAUAACAAGGAAUAUGCACCAGUCGCCGUCACAGAUAAAGAUGGCCCUCCAUCAGAUGUAUGACGCUCCUGACUGCCUGAUAUUAGCCAGCUAUUAACACCUUCCUAGUUUUAUCUCUUCUUUGAAAUGAUCUUGACCCUUGUUUGUAUGUACUAUGAUAAGAGUAUUUCUUCUUCCUUGUGUGAGAGCAAUCGCUAAAGGUCAAUGAUGCAUCUUUCGUCGCCGUGGUGAUGGAAUCUUGUCCCUCAAAUAUAUCAACUUUUCAACAGAUUUGACAGGUAUAACUGCCAUAUCUAUUAAGUGCUUUGAGAUGUAGUUUUGAUGUGUUCAGUGCGAUAUCAAAGCGUAAUAAUGAGAUUAAUAAUAUUUUGUUUGUAUGGUGACAGC